AUGUACAUCUCUCCACCCCUGCCCAUCUCCCACCCCUGCCCAUCUCCCACCUAUGUACAUCUCUCCACCCCUGCCCAUCUCCCACCCCUGCCCAUCUCCCACUCCUGCCCAUCUCCUACCCCUGCCCAUCACCCACCUCUGCCCAUCUCCGAUCCCUGCCCAUCUCAUACCCCUGCCCAUCUCCCACCUCUGCCAAUCUCCCACCUAUGUACAUCCCUCCACCCCUGCCCAUCUCCCAUCCCUGCCCAUCUCAUACCCCUGCCCAUCUCCCACCUCUGCCAAUCUCCCACCCCUGCCCAUCUCCCAACCCUGCCCAUCUCCCAUCUCUGCCCAUUUCCCAACCCUGCCAAUCUCCCAGCCCUGCCAUUCUCCCACCCCUGCCCAUCUCCCAUUCCUGCCCAUCUCCCACCCCUGCCUGUCUCCCAAUUCUGCCCAUCUCCCACCCCUGCCUGUCUCCUACCUCUGCCCAUCUCCCAACCCUGCCCAUCUCCCACCCCUGUCUGUCUCCCACCUCUGCCCAUCUCCCACCAUGCCAUUCUCCCACCCCUGCCCAUCUCCCAUCCCUGCCCAUCUCCCACCCCUAUCUGUCUCCCACCUCUGCCCAUCUCCCACCCCUGCCCAUCUCCUACCUCUGCCCAUCUCCUACCCCUGCCCAUCUCCCACCUCUGCCAAUCUCCCAUCCCUGCCCAUCUUCCACCCCUGCCCAUCUCCCACCCCUGUCUGUCUCCCACCCCUGUCUGUCUCCCACCCUGCCCAUCUCUCACCUCUGCCAAUCUCCCACCCCUGCCCAUCUCCCAUCCCUGCCCAUCUCCCACCUCUGCCCAUCUCCCACCUCUGCCCAUCUCCCACCUAUGUACAUCUCUCCACCCCUGCCCAUCUCCCAUCCCUGCCAAUCCUCUACCCCUGCCCAUCUCCCACCUCUGCCCAUCUCCCACCUCUGCCAAUCUUCCUCUGCCCAUCUCCCACCUCUGCCCAUCGCCCACCCCUGCCCAUCUCCCACCUCUGCCCAUCUCCCACCUAUGUACAUCUCUCCACCCCUGCCCAUCUCCGAUCCCUGCCAAUCCUCUACCCCUGCCCAUCACCCACCUCUGCCCAUCUCCCACCUCUGCCCAUCUCCUAUCCCUGCCAAUCCUCUACCUCUGCCCAUCUCCCACUCCUGCCCAUCUCCCAUCCCUGCCCAUCACCCACCUCUGCCCAUGUCCCAUCCCUGCCCAUCACCCACCUCUGCCCAUCUCCCACUCCUGCCCAUGUCCCAUCCCUGCCCAUCUCCCAUUCCUGCCCAUCUCCUACCCCUGCCCAUCUCCCACUCCUGCCCAUCUCCCAUCCCUGCCCAUCACCCACCUCUGCCCAUGUCCCAUCCCUGCCCAUCACCCACCUCUGCCCAUCUCCCACUCCUGCCCAUGUCCCAUCCCUGCCCAUCUCCCACUCCUGCCCAUGUCCCAUCCCCGCCCAUCUCCCAUUCCUGCCCAUCUCCUACCCCUGCACAUCACCCACCUCUGCCCAUCUCCCAUCCCUGCCAAUCCCCUACCUCUGUCCAUCUCCCACCCCUGCACAUCUCCAUCCCUGCCAACAAGGCUUUCCUUGGCCAACACCUGCAUCUGCGCAUUAACUAUCACAAUGUAG